CAGGGCGCGUCAUCACAGCCAUUGCCUGUGAGUGUAGGUGUGUUGUGGAGUUCAGUCGCCUGCAGGAGGAGGCGGAGAGAGAGAGAGAGAGAGAGAGGGGCUGCGGGACCUCGGAGCCUGAAACACCGGGGCGGAAGUACGAGACCUGGCGUUAGAAGUGAUCCUGAGUGAUUGUGCAAGCUGGAGCUGGUGGUGAAGGACAGAAGGUUCCUGUGGGUCAUUGUGAUGUCUUUCAUAGAUUUUCUGGUUUUAUAAAUGGGCAUGAAACAUUGAAGUCGGAUGUUCUUUUCUUGCGGGUUUGUCGCUGUUACUUCCUCCAGUAUGUAAUGACGCCUCUUUAUCGGUUGUUAAGGAAGGGAGAGUGUUGUGGUGUAACAGGAAGCAGCCUAAAUAGGACCUUUAUUUUUAUUUUUUAUUUUUUUCACAAGUCUCUUGGGAAAACUGGUUUUACAAUAUAUCUAAGUUGCUUUGCUGCUAUAAAUAUCUUAUUUUUAUUUUUUUGGCCUGGAUUGUAGAGACUAUUUGAUAUUUUCAAGUUGGGGGAAAAAAAGCCUAUAUCCUUACAACCAUGUCUGAUAUUCUCAUUCAGAACGAUGGCUGCAUGUCUCCGGUGCUAUAAAUUGUGAUGGUGGAGUUAUAUUGGAAACUGCGUGGUGCGUGGAAGAGACAAAGCCCUGUGAAAUUAAGCUGUUGCUUCUGCCGCUCAUAUGAAUGCCAGUGCAAAAAGACAUUGUAAGCAAAAUAUAAGGAACUGCUUGAGAAGCACUCUCUACACAACAUCUCAGAAGUUGGGUUUCUUUCCUCCAUAACUGUAUAUUCUCUUUUACAAGCAUCUGAUCACCCAUAUACUGGAUAAUAUCUUAAAAGGGACCUUCCAUCUUAAAGGCCCUCGAAUUGUCUUGGUAUAAUGGGAUUAAGGAAAUUGGAAAUAACACAGGGUUGACUUCAUGCUGGUGGUUUGGUAACUUCUUUUCCGUCUAUUUUUCAUCCUAACUGAAGUGUUGGUCUUCAGGGGGGGAUUACUGUUAUUUAGCUGGAUUACCUUCAUCACCUGUGAGGAUUUUAUGAAUCUAUAUUGUUUACUUGCAUCAAUAUUUGAAGACGCCCAUAGAUCUCUUUGAUGACUCCAGGAAGUGGGCCCAUGAAAGAGUGUGGAUACAGUGAAAUUAACACUCGUGGCACCUCCCCCAUGGAGUCUCCUAACAAGAAGAAGAAAACUACCGUGAAGCGAAAGUGGGAAGUCUUUCCCGGGAGGAACAAGUUCUACUGCAAUGGCAGGAUUAUGAUGGCCAGGCAAACUGGAGUCUUCUACCUCACCCUGAUCCUUAUUCUGGUCACCAGUGGGCUCUUCUUUGCUUUUGAUUGUCCUUAUUUAGCAGUGAAGAUUACUCCUGCAAUUCCUGUAAUAGGUGGAAUCCUUGUCUUCUUUGUGAUGGGGACGUUACUGCGGACAAGUUUUAGUGAUCCAGGUGUUCUUCCACGUGCCACUCCAGAUGAAGCAGCAGAUUUGGAAAGACAAAUAGAUGUUGCAAAUGGGUCAACGUCAGGUGGAUAUCGACCACCCCCCAGAACGAAAGAAGUUGUUAUAAAUGGACAAACGGUGAAACUGAAAUAUUGUUUUACCUGCAAAAUCUUCCGCCCACCUCGUGCCUCACACUGCAGUUUAUGUGACAAUUGUGUUGAGCGCUUUGAUCACCACUGUCCCUGGGUGGGAAACUGCGUGGGGAAAAGAAACUACAGAUUUUUUUACAUGUUCAUUUUAUCUCUGUCAUUUCUGACAGUCUUUAUAUUUGCUUUCGUUAUCACGCACGUUAUACUUCGCUCGCAACAAUCUGGAUUUCUCAAUGCCUUAAAGGACAGCCCGGCAAGCGUCCUUGAAGCUGUGGUGUGUUUUUUUUCUGUUUGGUCAAUUGUUGGCUUGUCCGGUUUCCACACAUAUUUGAUCAGCUCAAAUCAAACUACCAAUGAAGAUAUUAAAGGUUCCUGGUCAAGUAAACGAGGGAAAGAAAACUAUAAUCCUUAUAGCUAUGGCAAUAUUUUCACGAACUGCUGCGCUGCUCUUUGUGGACCAAUAAACCCAAGCUUAAUUGACCGCAGAGGAAUUGUGCAAGCUGAUAUGGCACCAUUGGUCACACCAUCCAAUGGAUUGACUAUGUAUGGUUCUACUCAAUCCCAGAGCAAUAUGUGUGACCAAGACCAGUGCAUUCAGAGCACCAAAUUCGUUUUGCAGGCUGCAGCCACACCACUUCUGCAGACUGAGCCUACAAUAACUACUGAUGAGCCACCACUGCCUGGGAAGACUACCAUAAAUGCACCAUGUGCUCCUUUAGUGCUAGGCCAACCAACACCACCAUCUUCAAUGCCAAAUCUGAACUUGGAAGCUGUUUUAUCAGACAUGAUACCCUUAAAAGAGGACAUUGGAAACCAUCAGUUCCUAACUCCAGAUGAAGCACCAUCACCACCAGGAAUGCUGCCAGCAAACAGCCCUGUGACUCACAGCCAUACCAUGCAUGUCCUAAACCUUGUCAGUCAAGACUCUUUGCAUGAAGACUCUGUGCGUGGUCUUGUAAAGCUCAGCUCUGUCUGACCAACUCUGACACUACCCAUCAAACUUAAUGCACAAAAGUCAAACCCUGUGAUAAGGUUGAACUCUGCGAUUAUGAAAAAUGCCCACUGUACAGUAACAGUGGCAAAAAGUUAUUUAGGCAGUUAACUCCAUUUUACCAAAAUGGUUAAUUUUAUUUUUUACUCUUUUUUAAUUACCUCAUUCUGCCUCAUAUAUAAAAAAAAAAAUAUUUUCAUGAGGUAUGGAUCAUGAUGGAUUUGUAGAAAUGGCUGGAAUGUCCUGAAAAUGAGGAAACACAGCAGGAUAUCUGUGUUCUGGCCGCAGUGCAUUCAUCUGCUUGUCGGAUUCUCCAUAUGUAUACAUUAAUACUAUUUUGGAUUCUUCCUAACCAGUGAAAAUCCAGUGGAUUUCAAAAGCUAAUUUUCUAGAACAUCUUUUAGCCAUUUGCCAAGCCUCUUUGUUCUAAAUAUCAAAACAACCUGCACGGUGUUCAAUAAUGGCAAGGUCGUGUUUCAAUUAUGUCCAUUUCCCAAGAUACAGUGCUGCAUUGUUCUGUUUGGUAUGGAUAUACAUGCUUUUUUCCUUUUUAGGUUAUUUGGUUAAAUUAAGAGAAUUGGGAAAAGGCACAUUUUGAUUUUAAUAUUUUUUGUACAUCGUACCUAUUUUUUUUCCUUCGGAUAAUAAAGGGCUUUUGUUGUUAAAUGACAAUGCAUCAAGUUAGUCACUUGUAAAAGUGUUUAGGUAUGAUAUAUGCCAUCACACUUUCUUGCCAAAUAUGUGCUAAGACAUCAAAUAAAGUAACCUUCUGUUUUCUUAAGUCUCGAGUGAAUUCUAUUAACAUCGAUAAGCUAUUUCCUUUGCAUAUUCAACUUACAUAUUGAAGUAAGAUUUGUAGUUAAAGGUUUCUUGUAAAUGACUGAGGAAUAGUGAUGUAAUUUUUUUGACAGAAUACAGUGUUUUAAAUAAAGGCAUUGUAAUAAAA